AUGGCAGACGUAUACGUACUCAGUCCGUCUCCCCUGCUGGUUCAGUCCGUCUCAGCGGCUCUACAAGCUCACUCCCUACAACACCACACCAGCAUAAAACUGCUUAUUCUGUGUUUCUUCAAGAAGUCAAAUAGCGAACGAGAUGCAGAAAGAGCCACGUUGGUUGUUUUGGACGACUUCCCCAACAGCAAAGAUCCUUUGGACAGCCUCUGUGCUUCCGACAAGUCGUUGAUACUCCGCUACUUCUUCUGCCACUUGAACCUUCUUGUGGUGGAGCAAAACACGCUAGAUAAGACGACGGUGGCUUCUUUGAGCCAGGCAAUUACCACUGUCAAUGGCCUCGCUGCCCAUAGAAUCUCCAGAAUUGAGCUCUGGACGGGAACAGCCCCCGAGGUAAUCAACGACACCUUCUCGAAAGAUUACUCCACCAUCGUGGCCGAUGCCAUGCCCACUAUGAACUCUUUACUCAGCAAGAGUCUGGGCAAAUCCAACUCGACGGAAAAACGUCUCCGCGAGCUUUUGGCUUUGAUGAAUAGCAGCAUAAACACAAUGGAUUUGCUAUCCAACAGCGAACCAGAACAUCUCGCCAAACUCGCUCAUCUAGUCGGCCACUGGGCAUUCCCCUCUCAUGAGCUUCUGAGCGAUGAUUUGGCCUACUGCGCUUUUCUCAUGCUCGAGUUUGCUCUCCGUUACAUCAGAGAACUUGCCAUGUGGUCAACACUUCCUGUCCCUUCUUCAAACGAACUCAUGAUGUUCGUUCUCAUAGUCAGGGACAACUACCAGCACGGCAACCCAUUCCACAACUUCCGUCAUGCCGUUGAUGUGAUGCAGGCCUGUUUCCACUAUCUCAUCCGCCUAGGCUGUUUACCGGAAUUCUCCCAAUUCCGCAAGAACCCCAAGGAUGAUGAGCUCGCCACAUUGAAAAAUCCAGUAGGCAAAGAUGCAUCUGUCCUACUAGACAUGGUGUACCCUCUCGCCACGGUACGUCCCGAAGGUGAAGCACUUGUACCACACCUCAAUCCCCUCCAAUCCCUUGGCUUGCUUUUCGCUGCCAUUGGCCAUGACGUCGGUCAUCCUGGCGUCACUAAUGCAUUUAUGAUCUCCCAUGAAGCAUCCGCUUCUCAAGUUUACAAUGAAAGAUCGGUGCUUGAGCUGUAUCAUAGCGCCGUCUUCAUCAACAGAAUUUUCCGCAUCUGCCUCCCAAGGCUCCUCAAAUUUGUCACAGACUCUACAUCAAACUUGACACUCAAAAACCUUAUAAUCGGCAGCAUUCUUGCAACUGAUAUGGCUGAGCAUUUCGAGUAUGUCGACAAGUUGCAAAAGUUCAAGUUUUCAACCUCCGAUCCGUUGGAUGAUAAGGUCAAGCUUAUAUCGUCACUCUUGAUCAAAUGUGCAGACAUUUCGAACGUGACUCGUCCCUUGCGUGUAUCGUCACAGUGGGCCUUGGUCUUGUCAAGAGAGUUUGCUGAAAUCGAGACUCUCGAAAAGAAGUUGGCCAACAAGGAAGUUGAUCUUGAUGUCAGUUAUGACAAGGUCCCAACCACCGUGGAAGACGUGUUGACGACGAAUCCUACCAUGCACAAAGGACAGCUUUUCUUCAUCAAAACAUUUGCUGAGGGCCUAUUUAAAAGCAUUCUGGAGUUGUUCCCAGAAUUGGAAUUCACAAGCGACAUAGCUAUGGAGAACAAAGAAUACUGGCUCGUAAGAGAGGCCAAUCUAAAUGGAUAG